CUCAUCCAGCCCCAGCUGCUUCCGAAAAGCCACUGGCAGAAGAUCCGAACCAUGGUCAAUCUGCCGGUCAUAAGCCCUUUCAAGAAGCGCUACGCCUGGGUGCAGCUGGCGGGGCACACAGGGAGUUUUAAGGCGGCGGGCACCAGCGGGCUGAUCCUGAAGCGCUGCUCGGAGCCGGAGCGCUACUGCCUGGCGCGGCUGAUGGCUGACGCGCUGCGCGGCUGCGUGCCUGCCUUCCACGGCGUGGUGGAGCGCGACGGCGAAAGCUACCUGCAGCUGCAGGACCUACUAGAUGGCUUCGACGGGCCCUGCGUGCUCGACUGCAAAAUGGGCGUCAGGACUUACCUAGAGGAGGAGCUGACCAAGGCCCGUGAGCGGCCCAAGCUACGGAAGGACAUGUACAAGAAGAUGCUGGCGGUGGACCCUGAAGCGCCCACUGAGGAGGAGCACGCGCAGCGCGCAGUCACCAAGCCACGCUACAUGCAGUGGCGGGAAGGCAUCAGCUCCAGCACCACGCUCGGCUUCCGCAUCGAGGGCAUCAAGAAAGCGGACGGUUCCUGCAGCACCGACUUCAAGACUACGCGAAGCCGGGAGCAGGUGCUUCGCGUCUUUGAAGAGUUUGUGCAAGGAGACGAGGAAGUGCUGAGGCGGUAUCUGAACCGCCUGCAGCAGAUCCGGGACACCCUGGAGGUCUCCGAGUUCUUCAGGAGGCACGAGGUGAUCGGCAGCUCGCUCCUCUUUGUGCACGAUCACUGCCAUCGCGCCGGCGUGUGGCUCAUCGACUUCGGCAAGACCACGCCCCUCCCCGAUGGCCAGAUCCUGGACCACCGGCGGCCCUGGGAGGAGGGCAAUCGCGAGGACGGCUAUUUGCUGGGGCUGGACAAUCUCAUUGGCAUCCUGGCCAGCCUGGCUGAGAGAUGAGGCUGGACUCCUGUCCCCGUGGGCCGCCGCCCUGACAUGUGGACCUGCAGCUUUGUCCCCACCGUGCAUGCCGGCUUGAGACUGGAGCCUCGCGGUGCAGGGCAGUUCACCGGGUCCUGCAGGGCCAGCUGCCAACCACUAAGGGGAGGCACUGCCUACGCCAGGGGUUUCGCCCACCCCGGGCCCCAGCGUUCCCAGAGCCAAAUGACACUAACUUAUAGGAGGGGAGGGGGCAAAGGGCUUCUUCCUCAGGCCAGCUUUUCUGAGGAGGCUGUGCCCUCUCCAGAGGGGCCAGACCGUGGAUUUUAUUUAGCAAGCCUAGACCUUCUGGUCUAACCUCUCACACUAGGAUGGACUCCCCUUCCUAAUAAAACUCAAAGACAAGACGCAGCUU